AUGAUCGACUGUAAUAAUGCUCCUACUCCUCUGGAUGUGAACCAGCGGCUCACGAAGGUAAUGUGUCCUGCAAAUGAAGAAGAAAAGGAGAAGAUGAAAGAUGUUCCAUUCCGAAAGUUAGUCGGUGGACUUCAAUUCAUUGCGCAGUGUUCAAGACCGGACAUUAGCCAUGCGGUAAGUUUGGUCAGCAGUUAUUGCAGUAAUCCUGGUUCCGCACACUGGACGGCGGCUAAGCGAAUACUGCGGUACCUAAGGGGUACGAAGCACGAAAAGCUAACGUACACACGAGCCGGGGACACGAGACUCUACGGCUACAGCGACGCAGAUUGGGGAAACGAUCCCGAUACACGACGGUCGGUCAGCGGAUAUGUUUUCCUGCAGAACGGUGGAGCUGCUAGCUGGAACUCGAAGCGACAAUCUACCGUUGCACUAUCGACCACCGAGGCAGAAUACAUGGCUCUGUCAACUGCAACGCAAGAGGCCAUGUGGUGGAAAGGUUUCUUAUUCGAUCUCCAUGGAACGAACGAUGCUUUGGUGAUUCAUUGUGACAACAAGAGCGCUAUCAACUUGGCGGAGCGUGAAGUUGGCUACUCAGCACGUAGCAAGCACAUCGACAUCAGGCACCACUAUGUCCGGGAGCAGGUCGUAGCUAAAACCAUCAAGUUGGAAUACGUGGCGUCAGAUCUUCAGGCGGCGGACAUCCUUACAAAACCAUUAGCGGGUCCGAAGCACAUUGAAGAUAAGACGAAACUUGGGGUUUACGAAUUUAGGCUUAAGGGGGGAUGUUAG